AUGUUUAUACAUUCUGUCCAAUAAUUGCCUAAAAAAUUUUAUAUUACAAUGUUUUAGCCAGAGAAGGAAUAUAGAGCAAAUAAUUUAUAUACAUAAUAGAUUCAAGUCAUAGUGCAACUUAUCUUCUAGUGCCAAUAUUUGAUGUAGAAACUAUAAUGA